GGAGAGAGAGAGGGAGAGAGAUGUCGAAGUUGUUCCUAAAACAAGCGGACCAGUACUUAGCGGAGCAGUACUUGGUGGGUCGGCCAAGUUAUCCAGAGGAACUCUUCCGAUUCAUCGCGUCGAAGACACCCAAUCAUGAUCUUGCAUGGGAUGUGGGCACCGGCAGUGGUCAGGCUGCAAAAACUUUAGCUGGGAUAUACAAGAAGAUCAUAGCCACUGACAUUAGUCCAAAGCAACUGGAAUUUGCACCUAAGCUCCCAAACAUUCAAUAUCAGUGUACCCCUCCCAACUUGUCCAUGGCUGAUCUAGAACAAGUUGCAGCACAAGGAAGUGUUGAUUUAGUGGCCAUAGCUCAAGCCAUGCACUGGUUUGAUCUCCCUACCUUCUAUCAACAAGUGAAGUGGAUACUCAAGAAGCCUCAUGGAGUGAUUGCUGCAUGGUGCUACACAUCACCCGAGGUCAAUGACCGCGUUGACUCUGUCUUCCAACCCUUCUACACCAUUGAUACUGAGCCUUUCUUUGAGCUGGAGCGUAAAUUGGUGGAUGAAAAGUACACGAGCAUCGAUUUCCCAUUCGAGCCAGUGGACGGAUUGGAGGGCACGGGGCCAUUUGAGUUCAAAACAGAGAGGUUGAUGGAUCUUGAUGGCUAUUUUACAUACUUAAGAUCAUGGUCUGCAUAUCAAAUUGCAAAAGGGAAGGGUGUGGAGCUGUUGAGUGAUGAGGUUACAGAGAAGUUUAAGAGUGCAUGGAGUGAAGAUGGCAAUGGCCAAAAGGUUGUGAAGUUUCCUAUUUACUUAAGGAUUGGGAGAGUGGGAAGUCUCAAUUAAGGAAGAAACUUGGCCUGCAUGAAAUUAGUCAUUUACAUUGAUGUAAAACAACUUUGUUUGCAUAUGUAAAACUAGUUGUUGGAUUUCAUGAAUAAAAUGGUUAUAACCUUUCACCUGGA